AAAUUUCCCCUUUUAAGCUAAAACCAUUCCCCAAAAAUGACGGUACGAUUGAAUUCCCUGAAAUUUUGAAAUCCCAAAUAGAAUCUCUUACGCGAUAUCUGCUGUCAUUCCGUGUUCAUUGUACCAAUAUUCAGUAUUCACAUAACAAAUAUAUAAAUAGAGAGAGAGAGGGUUUAAGCAUCCAAUUUUCAGAGAGAGAGAGAGAGAGAGAGAGAGAGAGAGGAGGACAGCCCACGAUCUGCCUACGCAACUCAUCUUCCCCACAAGGACCAAUCAUGCCAUCAGGUGCAAAGAAGAGAAAAGCCGCCAAGAAAAAGAAGGAAAAUAACCCAAACAUCUCUAACAUUGCAACUCAUUCUCAAGGUGAUGAUGGUCAAAAAACCCAUGAUGAGAAAGAGAGUGAUGGUAGUGAGCGUAGUUCUCCGAUGUCUCAGGACCACCAUGACCGGCAGCAUUCAUUCUCCGAGGGACAGGAGGAAGAUGUCGAGAAGAGGGAAACCACUUCAUCUGUUCGAUCAUUUGUCACUGAGAACAAAUCUACUAUAGGAAUUGACCAUAAUAAUGGAGAGAGUAGGAAUAAUGAAGAGGGCGAUGUACCCAAGGAUAAUUUUGAGAGCAAGAAUGCUAGUAUUGAGUAUGUUGAAUCAGCGAGGGAAGCACGUGAUGGACGCUCUAGCAGUAGUAGCUCAGAUGAUGAGUCCCGUGUUUAUGAUAAAAAAAUAGUGGUGGUGGAGUCAGGGAAGUCAAAAGAUGAGGCUUCUAAUUCUAUUCCGGAAAGUGUUACUUCUGUUAAUUCAGUUAAGCCAGUUGAUUCUUUGCCUGAAGUGGUACCUCAAGUUGUGGAUGGUGUUCCUCUCAGUAAGGCUUAUAAUACAGUUGUGGAAAGUGCCCCUAUUGGUGUUUCAGAUAAGCUUUCAUUCUCUGAAGAGGCGGUUCAAGUGGCUGAGAGUGCUCCAAUUGAGAAUUCUGUGCCUACUGAUGUUGCGGACGAAAAUGGGGAGAAAAUGUCUUCAAUAGAGAACAAGGGUUCUGAAGUUCCAUCGGCUGUGAUGGGAUCACAGAUCAAGGAGGUUUCACCGUCAACUGAGCAUGCUGCAGCAUCAUCAGAUGUGAAAGGCUUUGCACCACAAGAAAAUAAAGAUAAAUUGAUGUCAUUUAACCCUCCUGGAGUUGAUACCAGUAGUGGUGCAGAACACAUCAAAGACACUGAGGUUCCUGAAUGCUCUGAAAGCCAGCCUCUGGUAGAUUCGGCUCCACAAGUGGUGCAAACAACUUCCUUGAAGAGUUGCUGUGGACUUUUUGAGGUGUUCACAGGCUCCGCUAGAUAAUUUCAGCCUUUGGGUCUCAUUUGAUGCAGAAACAGAGCAUUAAGGAGCUCAAUUGCACCAGUGUAGCUUGUGGAACUCAUAGAAGCGUGUUCGGGUUAACGAAGUUUGUGAUAGUUCCCUUCUGAGGCUCUUUCUUGAAGAAUAAUGGGCGAGAGGUCUGACUAUACAGUAAUGUUAAUAUUAUUUUGGAAGGCCGCCCAAAGUCAUUAGUAUUCCAAUAUUGCUCUCUUUUUUUUUUAGGCAGGAUUAGUGUUUUUCUCUUUGUUGGUGUGUUGUAGGCAUCUUUAUAUUGGAUAGAAAAAUUGCACAAUGCAGAAUACAAGAUUUACUAUAUGAUUUAACAUUCAUUUGGUUGCUUGUCGAAUUUGGUUUCUCCUCACAAUGUUAUGAUUGGAUCUUUACUCUUA